AUGUCCCCCAUGGUGAUGCUCUUUGUCCCCAUGUCCCCCGUGGUCGCCCCGUGUCCCCGCGGUGACCCCCGCUGUCCCUGUCCCCAGAUGCUCCUCUAUUUGUCCUUCCCUGUCUCCAUGUUCUGGGUGUCCAACCAGGGCGGCUACUUCGAGGAGCGCGUGGAGCGCAGGAAGCGGGAGAUCUUCCCCCCCGACGACCCCGAGCGG